CUCAACGUCUAUAAGUUCCACCUUACUGAGCGUACACCAAGCUUGCAGUCAGUACGUACUGAGAUCGAAGCUCUCGUGCCCCGCCAUGACGAUGAUACCUCUCUCACACUCUCCGUCUGCCACCAGUAUCCGUCCGUCGUCAACGCCGCCACCGCCGCCGGCGGCUCGCUCCGGCCGCUGGAGACUGCGGACGGCCGACACGGCGGGCGUGGGCGCCGCUGACCACGCGGCCGCCGCCGAGGCGCUCCUCCGGAGCGGGCUGCGCCCGGAGUCGCUGCCGCGGCACGUGGCCGUGGUGAUGGACGGCAACUCGCGGUGGGCGCGCGCGCGGGGGCUCUCGCCCGCGGACGGCCACAAGGCCGGCGGCCGCAACCUGGAGCGGGUCGUGGCGCUCUCCCGGGUCUGGGGCAUCCGCGCGCUCACCGCCUUCGUCUGCUCCCACGAGAACCUGAACCGCCCCAAGGCCGAGGUCGAGCACAUGAUGGGUCUGUCCGAGUGGCUCAUCGGCGACAACGUCGACAAGCUAUCCAGGCAGGGGAUCCGGCUGCAGGUCAUCGGCGACGCCUCGAAGAUGCCGGGCUCCCUGCGCCGCGCGGCGGCGCAGGCCGACGAGGCAACCCGGCACAACUCGCGGCUGCACGUGAUGCUGGCGAUCUGCUACAGCGGGCGGUGGGACAUGGUGCAGGCGUGCCGGGAGCUCGCCCGGGCGGCACGGGCGGGCGAGCUCAGCCCGGACGACAUCGACGAGCGGGUGCUCGCCAGCAGGCUCGCCACGAGCGCCGCCGGCGAGCUCGCCUGCCCCGACCUCGUCGUCAGGACCAGCGGCGAGCUGCGGCUCAGCAACUUCCUGCUGUGGCAGGCGGCGUACUCGGAGUUCUUCUACACCGACAAGAUGUGGCCUGACUUCGGGGAGGCCGAGUACCUGGAGGCGUUGCGUUCCUACCAGAGCAGGGAUCGUCGGUUCGGUCAAACAAGAGUCUAGCUGCAGCCGCAAAAUUGUAGCGAAUAGGCAUUUGUAUGCGUUGAAUGAACACGUGAGUUGUUCUUGUUCAAUUUAGUUAUUACUAAUUCCUAGUGAUAAGUGGCGCUAAAAUCUCCUCUCACAAUAGCCUCGUGAGACUGUGCUUGCUACUGACGGUAAAAAUAAUAACAGUUGCAAGGACCGGGACUCUACUUGGAAA